AUGUCUAAACUCCCAGCUAUUCUUAACCCAACCGAAAAGGAUAUCCACGAUCUCCUUGCUGCUCAAGCUCACAUUGGUUCUAAGAACGUCAACUUCCAAAUGAAACCAUACAUUUGGAAGCGCAGAAACGAUGGUGUCCACAUCAUCAACAUUCAAAAGACCUAUGAAAAGAUGGUUUUAGCUGCCCGUAUUAUUGCUACUAUUGAAAACCCAUCCGAUGUUGUCAUUAUUUCAGCUCGUUCCUACGGUCAACGUGCCGCCUUAAAGUACGCCAAGUACACUGGUGCCCAAGCUAUUGCUGGUCGUUUCACUCCAGGUACCUUUACUAACUACAUCACCCGUUCUUUCAAGGAACCACGUCUUGUUAUUGUUACUGACCCAAGAACUGACCACCAAGCUAUCAUUGAAGCUUCUUACGUUAACAUUCCAGUUAUUGCUCUCUGUGAUGCUGACUCUCCACUCAGAUACGUUGACUGUGCUAUCCCAACCAACAACAAGAGUAAGCACGCUAUUGGUUACCUUGUCUGGCUUUUAGCUAGAGAAGUCCUCAGACUCAGAGGUACCAUCAGCCGUGAUGAAGAAUGGGAUGUUAUGCCAGAUAUGUUCUUCUACCGUGAUCCAGAAGAAGCUGAAAAGGAAGCUCAAGUUGAAGAAGCUGCUCCAGUUGAAGAAGUUGAAGAUGAAGAAGAUGAAUUCUUCAGUGGUCAAUCUACUAACCCAGCUGAAGCUGCUUACAAACAAAGUGAAAGCAGUUGGAACAGUGAAAAGCCAACCUGGGGUGAUGAUGCUGAAUAA